GGGAGGUUGGGGGAAGAUUGGGGGGGGGGUGAGGAGGCAUUUGCGGUGAGCAGCGGCAGAGCAAGCCCUCAACGGCACACACAAUCUGGUCGACCUGACACACACUCAGUCGCGCUGGAACUCUCAGACAACGGUUCUUGGCGCUACAACCGAACUGCAGAUGCAGAGCGCAAUGAUGAUGAUGAUGAUGUCGAGGAGGAGGAGGAGGAGGAGGAGGGGAGGGGAGUGAAGAGCGUUACCGUCCAGCCGUGGUCGUCAGCAAAAGUCAGCGUCUUCUUCUUGGACGCCAGUUUUGUGAUGAGCUUGAGCGCGUCGGCUUCUUUGCCAUCUCGCAAUGCUUUAAACACUUCCGUCAUCGAGUUGGAUUGCGUUGGAGGAGGAAUGACAGGAGGAGGAGGAGGCAGAGCAAUCUUGCGGGUUUUGUGGACUGUGAUGCGCACCACCAAAUUUGUCAGUGGCUGAGCUGCGGUCACAUUCGCCAAGCAUACCUGUCAUGGAUGAGCGGCAUCGAGACAAGCUUCAGUGUCUGAGGGAUUUCCAACGACGGGGCGGCAUAUGCUGACUUUAUGGAGCAACUGGCGCGUCGCUGCUCGAUUCUGAACGGCACGGCGCUUGUCGAGAUCAGCUACGUCUCUCACGACACACGCUUCCCCCCUCCGUGGUCUCAUCUGGCAAGGCAGUUUUGCCCGCACAGAAAGUUGCAACGUCGCAGUCGUGGGGUCCACGCACCAGACCGACUCCGGUGGUCCCACAUCUAUCUAGGUCGACCGCCUCGAAGGCCAAUCAGUUUGUCACCGGUCGACUUGUGUUUGACUUGUCUAUUGUUGCACUGCAAGAUCCAGGCGAAACAAUCCCUGGCAUCUGUCGCACGAGUGGGAUGAUAAAAAAAAAACCUCGGGGUUUAUUGGUUUGUUUGUUUCUGGGUGAUUCCGUGUUGGGCGUGGCGUGCCGUCGGGAGCGAUGAAUUGGGAUGCUCAGUUUCACACGAGGUCAACCUGUGAUGCCAGUGCCAGUCCAAUAACGGAUUUGUGAUUGUUAUGCUUGCUUCAUCAUCAAAGAUGAUGCUGUCAAUAGCAUCAUCUUUGAAGUCGUGGCCGAUCAUUCUUUUUUCGUUUUUUUUUUUUUUUGGUUUCUUUGUUUUUUGUUUUUUUUUGUUUUUUUGGGGUUGUUUCUGUCCCUUUCCCUUCCCCUCCCUCCCAAGAUGACGCCGAAGGGUUUUGCCUUUGGUCUCUUCCUGCUGCUCUGCGUGAUUUAUCACGUCCAACCGACACAAGCAGACGAUGCUUGCACCGUGUGCACUUGCUCGGGAACUACUGUCCAAUGCGAGGGACGGGGGCUCACGACCAUUCCAAGCGGAAUCCCGGUCGAAACCACAACCCUGAGUCUGUACAGCAACCAAAUCACGAGCAUUCCCGCCAACGCAUUCUCAGGUUUGACCGCGCUGGCAACCUUGAUGCUGCACGGCAACCAAAUCACGAGCAUUCCCGCCAACGCAUUCUCAGGGUUGACCGCGCUGAAUACCUUGCAACUCUUUUCCAACCAGAUCACGAGCAUUCCCGCCAACGCAUUCGCAGACCUGGCUGCGCUGACUAGCUUAGACCUGUUCGUCAACCAGAUCAGCAGCAUUCCCGCCAACGCAUUCACAGGGCUGAGUGCACUGACUCAAUUAAGACUGAAUACCAACCAGAUCACUAGCAUUCCCGACAACGUGUUUGCAGACCUGACCUCGCUGAACGGGUUAGGUCUGUCCUCCAACCAGCUCACUGUCAUUUCUGCAAACGCAUUCAAUGGCCUGACUGCGCUGACCUCCCUGAUGCUGGGUCUCAACCCGAUGACCGUGUUCCCUUCAGCGGCAUUUGCCAGCCUGACUGCCCUGGAGAGCUUGCAGAUGGAAGCAGGCCAGAUCGCCAGCAUUUCGGCCGACACAUUUCCAGACCUGACUGCGCUGACUUCAAUCAAUUUGAGGGACAACCCGAUCACUACCAUUGCCGCCAAUGCAUUCACUGGCCUGUCGGCACUGAAAAUGAUAUAUUUGCAGAACAACCUGAUCACGAGCAUUUCCGCAACCGCGUUCACAGGCCUAACUGCGCUGACUGCGCUGGAUCUGUCCGUCAACCAGAUCAACAGCCUCUCUGCAAACACAUUCUCAGGCUUGACUGCGUUGCUUUACGUCCACCUGGGCGCCAACAGGCUGACCAGCAUUCCCGCAGACGCACUCGCAAGGCUUCCUGCGGGGGCAGGAGUAGAUCUAUCCAAAAACCUGAUCAGCAGCGUUUCCGCAGACGAAUUCGCAGGCCUGACUGCGCUGGGAGGCUUGGUUCUAUCCAGCAACUUGAUCACCACCAUUCCCGCGGGCGCCUUUGCAAGCAUGAAUGCGCUGAUUCUCUUGGCGCUGGACAACAACACGAUCACUAGCAUUUCCGCGAACGCGUUUACAGGCCUGACUGCGUUGCAGUACUUGUAUCUCGGUCUCAACCAGAUCACUAGCAUUCCAGUAGACGCAUUCACAAGCUUGACUGCGUUGCAGUACUUGCGGCUCGAUGGCAACCAAAUCACCAGUGUUCCCGCCACUGCAUUCGCAGACCUGACUGCACUGGUUGGCCUGACCUUGAAUGGCAAUCUUUUCACCACUUUGCCGCCCGGUCUGUUUCAAGGCUUGCCAAAUGGCUUGCGUUUGUCGUUUCAUUCAUCCUCAUGGUCCCUAGCGCUGCAGCCCAACAACUUUACAUUUGGUGACAACACUGUCGCUCCGCCCAGCACAUACGGCACUGCAGACACGCCAUACCAGUGUGAUACAGCUUGCGCCACCUGCUAUGACGCUGGGUCCGGUGCGUGCUGCGCAGCGAACUGCCUGACCUGCACUUCAUCUGAUCCCUGCACUCAGUGCUAUGAAGGCUUUGUGAUGAUGAGUGGAGCAUGCAUUUCGCUCGCUUCCCUCGCUUCUGCCUCGACUGCAUCUGUCGCCUCGGAUGUUUCCGCGACCUCGGCACUCUCGGCAUCGUUUGCUUCCCUUGCUUCUGCGUCCUCAGUCUCAGUCGCCUCACAAGCAUCCGCAUCGGCUGCCUCUGCUUCGACCGUGUGGCAGACAUCUGCUGCAUCCGCUGCAUCUGCCGCAGCUGCAUCUGCCGCAUCUGCUGCGUCCAAUGCUGCAAGCGAGUCAAGUGGUGCAUCUUCUGGACCUAUUAUUGGCGGAGUGAUUGGUGGCGUGUUUGCCCUCCUCAUGCUGGUUGCGCUGUUUGUGGCCCUUCGGCGUCGUCGCUCGUCAAAAGCAUUGGCAACCACCAAUGUGGCCAGCAAACUUCGCGAAUCAGCAUCCCGCUCCGAACCGACUUACCAGACUGCCGAUCACAGCGACAUGGUGUCAAACAUUGCGAAUCCCGCCUACGAAUCCUUGUCUGCAAACCAUGCCCUGUACGAAGAUGUUAGCUCAACGCCCCAGGCUCCAAUGGGUUCUUCGGAACUUGUGUAUGCCAAUACAACCGUGGAUACCUCCAGUGCAACGCACGCGUCAGGCAGCGGUGUCGAGUACGCCGACCCUUCGCUGCCCAAUCCCUCGUCUGUUCGCGUGCCUUCCGAGUCUUCGCCGACUACUUACGCGACGAUCGAUGCUGCACCUUCCACGCAAUCUGGGCAGGUCGAUUACGCGUAAAUCGCCGAUUUGAGCGUCGAAAGUUUGCUCGAUUUUCUCGUUCGUGAUUUUCCCCCUCGUCGUUUUGUGAUUUCCUGUUUGCUUUUAUGUUUGCUUGUUUGUUUGUGUUUUUUUUUUGGUUCCGGGCGUUUCACUUUGAUGUAUGCUUGGUCUGAUGUUCUAUUCGACGAGACUUUUUGUUUUGAAGCAAAGCCAUGAAACUGGGAGAGAUCGUUUGUGUGAGCAAUCUCGAUAAAAGGAAGAUCA